UCAAUAAGUCCCCGGUCUGACACAUAGAGAGCGCCACUAACACAAAAAGUACAUAGUGGUUCGAAAGAACAGACCCUUUUAGGCGUACUGUCAAAUGUAUAUGUCAUUCGGAUCAUUAUUGUGUGAGUUAUUGAAGCUUUAGUGACGCUAAUUUGGUUAUUUUCAUAACAAUGGAAAAAAAGGAAUUUCGUGUGCUCAUUAAACACUGCUUUUUGAUGGGAAAAAACACCGUUGAGGCAAAACAGUGGUUGGACAAACAUUAUGGCACCUCUGCCCCAGGCAAAUCAACAAUUAUCGACUGGUAUGCUGAUUUUAAACGCGGUCGUACGGACACCGACGAUGCACACCGCUCUGGUCGCCCAAAUGAGGCAGUUGUCCCCGAAAAAAUCAAGCAGGUCCAUAAAUUGGUUUUGUCCGACCGUAAAUUAAAGCUGGAUGAUAUUGCUGACAUCGUAAAGAUAUCCAAGGGAAGUGUUUUUACCAUUUUACACGAUCAUUUGUCGAUGCGGAAGCUGUGUUCGAAGUGGGUGCCGCGUUUGCUCACUGUGGAUCAAAAACAACAACGCGUCGAUGAUUCCGAGAGCUGUUUGGCCAUGUUUCAGAAGGAUCGGAAAGAUUUUUUGCGUCGGUAUGUGACCAUGGACGAAACAUGGAUUCACCACUUCACACCCGAGUCGAAUCGGCAGUCAGCUGAGUGGACUGCAGCCGGUGAAAGCCGCCCCAAGCGACCAAAAACUCAAACGUCGGCCGGCAAGGUUAUGGCAUCUGUAUUUUGGGAUGCCCAUGGUAUCCUUUUCAUUGACUACCUCGAAAAGGGUGGGCGCAUCAAUAGCGAAUAUUACAUGGCACUACUGACGCGUUUAAAGGCCGAAAUCGUCGAAAACCGACCCCAUAUGGCGAAGAAAAAAAUCAUUUUUCACCAGGACAAUGCACCGUGUCACAAGUCGAUGGCAACGAUGGUUAAAUUGAACGAGUUGGGCUUCCAGCUGCUCCCGCACCCACCGUAUUCGCCAGAUUUGGCCCCCAGCGACUAUUUCCUAUUCGCUGAGCUCAAAAAAAUGCUCGCUGGGAAGAAAUUUCGAUCGGAUGAGGAGGUCAUCGCCGAAACUGAUGCGUAUUUUGAGGGUCAGCCAAAAUCGUUCUACAAAACCGGCAUCGAACGUUUGGAAAGGCGUUGGACUGAUUGUAUUGCCUUAAAAGGAACCUAUAUUGAUGAAUAA